UCCAAGACAUGGCGCCGCUACUCAGAUUGACGAUACUGGCAGUGUGUUGCGCGUGCGCGUGCGCGCAGUACGCGGAUGAGCGCGCGCCGCGGUACAUCCCCUCCGAGAACAAAGUUACCUCCACUCCCGUGCCCAUUCUGAAGCAAAUCAACAGGCACAACGAGGACGGGUCGUACACGUACGGGUAUGAGGCGGCGGAUGGCUCGUUCAAGAUUGAGACGAAAGCUGCGACGGGGGAGGUGAAGGGGAAAUACGGGUACAAGGAUGACACAGGCAAGGUGCGAGUGAUCGAGUACGGAGCUAACAAGUACGGCUUCCAGCCCGCUGGUGAGGGCAUCACGGUCGCUCCUCCUACUCUAGUGGAUGAGACCACACGCGACCAGGAGGGAAGCCGCCCCGGAAAGGGACAGGCCAACCGCAACCAGUACCGUGCGCAGCCAGCGCAACAAGCAGUAGACUACGACUACGAGGAGCCUGCGCCUGCGCCGCGCCCGCGCCCCGUACCUCGCCCUCAGCCGCAACCACAGCCACAAUACCGCCCGGCGCCGCCGCAACCUCAACAACAGUACCGGCCCGCGCCGCAAUCUGCGCCUACGCCGCCUAAGCCCGCAUUCUUCGCCGGCGCCGCGCCCGCGCCUCUGGAUCAGGAGCAGUUCUUCAGCCCUGCGCCGGCGCAGCCCCGCCAGCAGCAGUACCGUCCCAAGCAGGACUUCCGCCCCGCCCCCGCCAUACAAUACUCGCAGAACUAUAAUAACCCUGCGCCGCAACAAAACUUCGCCCCCGCGCCCGCCGAGCCCCGGUACUCCGCCCCGCAGUUCAACCAGCAACCAUUCUCCCAGCCGCGCAACCAGCAACCGUUCUCCCAGCCGCGCAACCAGCAACCGUUCUCGAUGCUCGACCAACUGCUGAAGGAAUACGCCUUGCCGCAAGGAGGCGCCGCGCCGCUUCAUGAUAUCACUUUUGGGUCCUACUAGGCUAGUGAUAACUAUAUUGUUGUGUUAACAACAACCUUUGUAAAUAUGUAGCAUAUUUGUCUUUUUUAUUUUUUUUAUUAUUAAAUUGAA